AUGGUUCUCGCGAAAUCCAAAAACACGGUGGGACUGGGCAACAGUCUUAUGAACGAUCGAUUCGGACGAGGCAAAGCAUCCUCUCAGAAGAAAGUAUCACACAAUGCCUCUAUUGCAAGAAAGAACCAGAGUGGUGAGACGUACAUCACAAAUGCGGCAAAGGAGGCAUCAUGGGUGAAGAUGCGAAGUAUUACCGAGCAAGCCGCACUUGACGAGUUUCUUAGCACUGCCGAGUUGGCAGAUACCGAUUUUACCGCGGAGAAGAUCAAUAAUGUUAAGAUUAUACACGCUGAUCAGAAGAAUCCGUUCUUGCUGUCCGCAGCCGAGGAACGGUUUGCUGUCAGGAAACAACAAAAGAAUAAAGAGCGUUUGACUAUUCCGAGACGGCCAAAAUGGGACUCGACGACAACACCUGAGAAAUUGGAUGCUAUGGAAAGGGAGUCUCUGCUCGAGUGGAGAAGAGGAUUGGCCGAACUACAAGAGAGCAACGAUCUUUUAAUGACACCGUUUGAGCGAAACGUAGAAGUUUGGAGACAAUUAUGGCGUGUUAUCGAACGAUCAGACCUGGUUGUGCAAAUUGUCGAUGCAAGGAAUCCCCUUCUUUUCCGUUCGGAGGAUCUGGAAAAGUACGUCAAGGAAAUAGAUUCGAAGAAGAGGAAUCUUCUGCUGGUGAACAAGGCAGAUAUGUUGACUCCGGAGCAACGAGCAUUGUGGGCGGAUUACUUUGAAGAGCAUGGGAUCAGCUACCGUUUCUUCUCAGCUCACUUGGCCAAAGAGCGAAAUGAGGCACGUUUGCUCGAGGAAGACUCAUCUUCAGGAGAAGAUGUUGAUGAUGCAGAGGAUUUGGCUGCAGAGACACAACGAAAGAUGAACCUUAGAGAGAAACAACUCGUUGAUGAAGAAUGGUCGAGUGAGGAGGAUAUCGAUGAUGAAGCACAGAAAGACCUACAAUCUGAAAAGACGGAAAGUGAUUUGAGGACCAGGAUUCUUGAUGUCGAGGAAUUGGAGGAACUGUUUUUGGCAAACGCUCCACAACCAGAGGAAGGCUCCGAUAACCCCCAAAAAGACAAGACAAUCAUCGGUCUUGUCGGCUACCCCAACGUCGGAAAGUCCAGUACAAUCAACGCACUCCUCGGAGCUAAGAAGGUGUCUGUUUCCGCAACACCCGGUAAAACAAAACAUUUCCAAACCCUCUACUUGUCACCAAAUCUACUUCUCUGUGAUUGUCCCGGUCUUGUGUUCCCCAAUUUCGCGAGUACAAAGGCCGAGUUGGUCGUCAAUGGUGUGCUCCCCAUUGAUCAAUUGCGUGAAUUUACAGGUCCUGCUGGACUUGUGGCGCACCGUAUUCCGAAGCAUUUCUUGGAAGCAGUCUACGGUAUGAAGAUUUACACCAGACCUAUCGAAGAAGGCGGUACUGGAAUACCAAAUGCGAAUGAACUUUUGCGCGCCUAUGCCAGAGCUCGUGGGUUCGCGACCCAGGGUUUGGGUCAACCUGAUGAGUCUCGUGCGGCACGUUAUAUUCUCAAAGACUACGUCAACGGUAAACUACUCUACUGCCACCCACCCCCAGCCUCAAAGACAGACGAAGAAGACAGCGAAGGCGGCCCAGUCAUUGAUCCCGCCGAGUUCAAUCGCGAUUUAUACAAUCUCGCUCAUCUGCCUGAAAAGAGACGCGCUCAAUUACUCAAAGCCGCCGCUGCCACCGGCGAAAACGUGGAUAUCCUCGACGACGCAGCCUCUCUAGUCUCCGAAUUUACCGGUGGUGCAACCUCACAAACCUCCUCAGCAGCAACACCAGUAGAAAACGGACCUCGAUCCCGUCGUCUCGACAAGGGAUUUUUCGGCCCUGGCUCAGGUGGUUCUAGGGGUCAUCAGACGAUGCCGUUCAACUAUAAAUAUUCCGAACAAGGGAAAGCGAAGCAACUCACUGGUCGUAAGGAGAGGGCCAUGAUUGCAUUGGAGAAAAAUAUUGAUCCGUCAGAGGUUAAAGGGUUGAUUGGUUCUUCGAAGAAGCAUUUUAAAGGUGGUAAGAGGACGCAUAAUAAGAGUGGGAAAGGGAAAGCGCCGUUGGGUGUAGGUGCUGAUGACUAUGAUGGAUACUGA